AUGGGCCCUCCGCUGGCUACAUUAGAGCUGGCCGCUGUUUCUAGCAAUGUGAUACAUCAGGACCAUGUGCAUACUCGAUGCAGCCACAGCACAUUGUCGACAUCUACGCACUUCAUCCAACCGAUUUGGACCGGGCUUCACGUUGCUAUUAUCGCCGAUGUGUUUCCUCAGAUGCAAGCUGCGAGUGAGGUACAGCCAUUCUGGCUCUACCCCCUGCUUGAGCUUAUGUUGCCACGUCACCUGCAUCUGUCAGCCCAAACCCUGGACGGGCACAAAAAGGGCUACCCUGCCCCUCCUUUGGCUACUUAUCCUGCUUCGUUCCAAAACCACCCGCCUCCAUCGAUUCACACUCCCCGCCACAUGGAUGCACAACAAUAUUUGCAACGAGUCUCAUCAUUGUUUAACUCCUUCGACGCGGAGGUGCUUCUCAGAGCUGGAAAUGUACCCGUCGGGAGUGCACUCGAAGCUGUGAACAGGCUACGGUGCGAGUUGGAAAUCCUCGAUCUUUUGAGACCUGCAUUGACCGCACUGUCGCCAGACUUUACGACCUUUGAGCCACAUAUCCUAGUAAGACUCAGACGAUUUCUUGUCUACGUAUUCGGGACACGAAAUGAUCCGAAGACUGAGGCCAUUCGAAAACUGGAUUGCACGUCCGUCAAAAUCUGCGGAUUAUGUCUCACACAGAAAGGCCUCCGAGAUCUGAAACUCGAGCAACUGGAUGUGCUUAUACGAAGGACUGAGGUUGCCUCUAGACAUCUGCUUCAUGUUAUCGCUGGAAAUGAUGACAUUGACAAGGUAGUACGACUGUGCAAUGUCGAAGGCGAUGAGUAUGAGCAGUUUUUUAACGGUAAGGACCCCAAACCUACGUUUGCAAUUCAACUAAGAAACCUAGAUCACAAGAAAGUCCGGCGAGUAGGCAAGGGCUCGACUCAAUUGGCUGUGCAAUAUUCCUUGGCCGGACAGGGGUGCUGGUGCUUUACCGGCGUUUCGCAGAAAGCGAUCCACGCUUCAUUUGCCAUUCCGACAUCGAGUGCCGUUCGAGACAUAACAACGUUUUUGCCAGUAGACGAGCGGUAUGAUGGUGUCAUGAGGAUGACUGUUGGCUUCGACACUGAGCUGCUUAGGACACUAUUUGGGCACCAAAUACCGCAGCCUAUCGUUUCAGAACCCUUUGCGCUGGAACGCGCGAUUAAAAGUCAGAUUGGCGCGGUUCUGGGCAGUACUGUGGUACGCGGCGUAACGACAACCCACACAUGGGCAAAGGAGAUACAAGAUGGGCUGGCGAUUGAGACAUCUUGUGUCAGUGGCCACAUUUAUCCCGGCUCCUGCAUUAUUGUCACGUUGCGCAUCGGCUGGAGAGAAUCCCCCUUUCGCCAAGACGCGUAUGCCCGCUGGAACUUUGAUCUGUCCACUACCGUGGGUAUCCCAUACAGUUAUGCCAUUCUCAUCUUUGAAUAG